CUGCGCUUCCUGCUGCUGCUGGAGUCCCGGGACGGCGAAUGCCGCGAGUCCUUCCAGCCUCCCUUCUUCACCUCGCACGCCGCCCACAAUGCUGCGGCUGCUGCUGCCCUCUACGAGUCCCAGAGAGCUCCCUGCCCGCUCUUCCUGGCCAGGCAGCUGGGGGAGCUGCUGCUGGACACUCUGAGGGAUGAAACUCCUCAUCCUCGUCCCCCCCAGAGCUGCCUGUGCCACCUGGAGCUCACGCUGGAGCGCUGCCGCCGCCUCUGCAAAGCCCGGCGCCACCGCGAGGCUCUGGAGGCCCUGCAGGAUUCCAGGGGGUUUAUUGCAGGAGCUGGGGACUCCCUGGGAGCCCCUCUGGAGCUGCUGGAGGCCGCUGUCCAGCUGAGCCGG